UAUAACUGUAAGUAACUAUAACCUAAAACACUAGUAUUUAAUUUUACUGUGUUUAUAUAGAAUGUAGGUCAGAAGUGCCGAUAAUUUUCACCGUAAUACGAUCUUCGAAGGUGCUUAAAAUGCAGCAGAGUGAAGUACUGGUGUAAAAAUUGUUAUAUAAUGCAAGCUUCCCCUAUAAAGCGGAGACCACCUGUGGUUGUGGUUAGCUUUUAUUUACAGCAAAAUACGGUGGAUAACGUGUAUAUUUCCUGCAACCUUCAUGUACUCCGCUUCAGAAGUUAGUAUUGUUUGAGGUGAACGUAAUUGUAACCCAUCAUUGCUGCGGUAAAGUGAUGUUAUGCGUAAAUGAAGUUUGGAUGUUGAUGGUAAACACUCGAGUAGCAAUCACAACUCUUCCGAUUUGUUUGAUGUUCGUGGUGUUUCAUGUGGGAAGCAACGAUGCGGAAGUGCUAAAUCUGUGUAUGUGAAAUAAAAAUAUGGUGGAAUUUAGUGACGAAAUUAAUUUACGUGCUCUUGUAAAAUAACAGGGAUUAUGAUUGUGUGUGAUUUUAUACAUCACAGGUGAUCGUAUGACUUGUUUUUCUAUGUAAUUCGAAAAAGAAAUUGUUAGUAUCAAAUAGAAAUAUGCUAAAUGAUGUUCCAUUGUUUUGUUAUGGUGCCCUGAAUGCGAAUUUAUAGCAUUUUCAUUGCUGUCCGAUUCUGUAAACAAACAAGGCAUAGCCAUCAACGCGUCUUAGGGUUGCGUUGCUAUUAUAACUUGUAUGUAAACGUUAAUAACUGAAUUGUUUAGUGGACUGCAACUCUUUUUUUAACUCGUAUGGGGGAAUUGUUAAUGGUAUUAUUGAAGUUACCUAUGUUGAUGCGUUUGAUGUAUUAAUUCAACAAUUGUUUUGGAUAAUAUGGAGCUGUUUUAUUAAUAUUUACUGAUUGUAUCGUGUGCUGGCGUUGUUUUUUGAAGAGAUGCAUCACAGUGAUAAGUUUCUGAUGGGGAAUUAUAUAGAUUGCCCAUUGGCCAUUGUGUUCUACACACGCUUUAGUGAUAGAUGGUAGAACAAGUAUCAGCCUCGCAGACGGGAUUCUUCGUGCUGCGAAAUACAUCCCUGUGUCUCAAAGUUUUGUAGGCUGAAUAUAUCAAGUGUUCAGGCAGAAUUGGUUGCGGUGCCAGUAGCGGAAGCUUGUGUGAAGUACUGACCAGGAGGAAGGUUUGGCGGGAGAUGCUGUAGUACUUGCCAGCCACGGGGCAGGUGGGCCUCGUUGCGUGUGCCAUCAUGAUCCGCAGCGAACGCUCACAGCUGCUGCUGCUGACUGGCCAGUCACAGCUGUAGUUGGACAUCCACACGGUGCUCUCUCAGAAAAACCUACUGCGUUCACAUCUGUUGUCUGCGGUUUACAAUUAAGCAGGCCUGACCUUGGGAUGCAGCCAAUAGAAUCACUGCCUCAUAGUAACAGGGAGGCAAAUAGCAGCAAACAAGAUGUGAAGGAACCACCACCUCGGGAGGAGGUUCGCAUUGAACCUGUAAAUGGCGUCGUCCAGCCUCCCGUCCAUCCACCACCAGAUCGGCCGGGCCGUGUCACAAACCAGCUGCAGUUCAUGCUGAAAGCAGUAUUGAAGGCAGUAUGGAAGCAUCAGUUUGCAUGGCCUUUCCACCAACCAGUGGAUGCGAAGAAGCUGAAUCUUCCAGACUAUCACAAAAUCAUCAAACAACCAAUGGAUUUAGGAACAAUCAAGAAGCGUCUCGAGAACAAUUACUAUUGGAGUGGGAAAGAGUGCAUCCAAGAUUUCAAUACUAUGUUUACAAACUGUUAUGUUUAUAACAAACCUGGUGAAGAUGUAGUUCUCAUGGCACAGACAUUGGAGAAGCUCUUCUUAACAAAAGUGGCUGCAUUGCCAAAAGAGGAAGUUGAACUGGACCCUCCACCACCUAAAGGAGUCAAAGGGAAGAAAGGCCGAACAGCCGGUGCAACAGGCCAGCGUGGAAGACCAUCUAGCAGUGCAGCUAGUGCUACUGUAAGUUCCAGUAUAUCAAGUUCAGCUGCCACAAGCCAGGCGGCUGCAUCUUCAGCACCACCAGCAGCUAGUUCCACCGGUUCAGCACACCUUCCCCUAGUGACAAGAGCACCCUCAACAGUACCCGGCAGCACAGCGACAACCACUGUUCCUAUAACAAGUGGAUUGUCCCAUGGUACACACAAUUCACUUCCAAAGCAAGUGGCUGCACCCACCAGUGGUUACAUUGCACAACCUGCUGUGAUGUCCCAGAUGGACAGCCAACCACAAACUGCUGCAUCUAUACAGAGCCAACCUGCUGCAGUUGUUCCACCAACACCACCUGCCAAGGUGAAGAAAGGAGUGAAGAGAAAGGCUGAUACGACAACACCCAGUGCGAGUUCUUACGAUCCCAUAUAUCAGCCGGCUGAACCGAAAGCAACAAAGAUGGCAUCGCGGAGAGAAUCGGGACGGCCGAUCAAGAAGGUAGUGAAGGAUUUGCCACUCUCACAAGCACCACGGCAGGAUGAUGUUCUUCCUUUCCAUCAGGCAACUGUUCCACAUCCUGCUUCAGGUGUAAGUUCAAUAGUGAAGACUAAGGACAAACUGAGUGACUCUCUAAAAGCGUGCAAUGAGAUAUUGAAAGAACUUUUUACAAAAAAGCAUUCUGGUUAUGCUUGGCCAUUUUACAAACCAGUUGAUGCUGAAUUGCUUGGUUUGCAUGAUUACCAUGACAUCAUUAAGAAACCAAUGGAUUUAGGCACAGUAAAGCAGAAAAUGGACAAUAGGGAGUAUAGGACAGCAGCUGAGUUUGCUGCUGAUGUUAGGUUAAUAUUUACAAAUUGUUAUAAGUACAACCCACCAGAUCACGAUGUAGUUACAAUGGCAAAGAAAUUACAAGAUGUGUUUGAAUCAAGGUAUGCGAAAGUUCCACCAGAUCCAGUUGGUGGUACAAAAAUGGAAACUGCUUCAUCACAGUCAUCUGAUUCAGAAUCUAGUUCAGAGUCGUCUUCAGAAUCAUCUGAUUCAGAAGCUGAAAGAGUUCGAAAAUUGGCACUUUUACAAGAGCAGUUAAAGGCAAUGCAAGAUCAGAUGCGAAAGUUGGUUGAAGAAAGCUCAAUGAAAAGAAAUAAGAAGAAGAAAGAUGAAAAAGAGAAGAAGAAAAAGAAACCAGAUAAGCAUGCACCAGUUGCCAAAGAAACCAGACCUUUACCUGUUACAGAACCUGUAGUACCUAGUAUCCCAAGCGCUCCUUUAGGAACAGCUGAUGUGAAACCACCACCUGAGCUACACCACACUGCCCCUAAACCAGCUGUGCCGCUUACUCCAGCACCUGCACCAGUUGUUCCAGCCCCAGCGCCUGCCAAAGCUACUAAAGGAAGAGCAGUACGUGGAGCGGGAAAGGCACCUGCAGCCAGUGCUCCUUCUCGACGGCCUAAGGCAAAUUCUAGGUCAGCUAGGGGCAAGAAAAAGGCUUCAGCUGCACCUGCCCCCUUAGCAUUUGAGUCAGAGGAUGAGGACAGUGCAAAGCCAAUGUCUUAUGAUGAGAAGCGCCAGUUGAGUCUUGACAUAAAUAAAUUGCCUGGAGACAAGCUGGGACGUGUUGUGCAUAUUAUACAGUCUCGUGAACCGUCAUUACGUGAUUCAAAUCCUGAUGAAAUUGAAAUUGACUUUGAAACAUUGAAACCAUCCACACUUAGAGAGCUCGAAGCAUAUGUUGCAUCUUGUUUGAGAAAAAAGCCUCACAAAAAAGUCGCUGGAAAGUCAAAAGAUGAACAGAUGGCAGAAAAGCAGCAGGAGUUGGAAAAGAGGCUUCAGCAUGUAUCUGGACAGUUAGGUUCAGCUAAAAAAAAUGCCAAGAAGGAUGAACACAAAUCUUUAGAUGUUGGAGGACCAACAUCAAAUCUUUCACAGUCAAGUUCGAGUAGUUCCGAUUCUGAUUCAAGUACAUCUAGCCUUUCUAGUAGCUCUUCUGACUCAAGUGACUCAGAGGGUGGUUUUCCUGGGUAUUUGAGGGGAGGGAAGCAUAAGAAAACAAAAAAGGAAGGUCAUCAGAAUCUGCAGAAACCUGCAUCUGAAGCACCUGCUGCACCAGAAAGUUCGGUGAUGCCACCAGUUACUAAUUUGAGUAUGUCAACCACAGGACAGACAAUUCCUCAGAAUUUGGCUCGGAAACCACCUACGCCUGUUAAUAAUGCCACCACUAGUAAUCAGCAGGCGGCACCUGUCACAGACCCUUUAGCAACAGUGGAUAAGCAACAACCAUCUAAUAUUUUGCCUCAUUUAGUUCGGCCUCCAAUGAUAUCCCCCACAUCGGCAAAAAAAGUGAACCCAGGCUUCUCCAACACAGCCAAGCCCAACAUUCCCAUUUCUGAUGCUGCUUCUGCUGUUCCAGUUGCAGAAGAGCCCCUUUCCUCAAUUAUGACAUCACCUAUUGUACCAGUGUCAGACACCUCGUUACCUAUUCCUGUCACCUCCGACUAUGACAAAACAGCUGUGUCACAACCUGUGUCAGUACCACUGAUGAAUACUUCACCAACUAAUCCACUUUCUCAGUUUUCCCAGAACAUAACACAAACCUCAAAUAUCACUCAUACAUCACAGACUGGUAUUUAUCCUUCAUUUGAUAUGAAUAUGACCAUGUCUUCACCUAAUAUAAAUUCACAGCAGCAUUCCACCAAUGGCUACCCUCACAUUGCCAAUAUGUCAGCUAUGCCAUCUGUUAAAAUGGAACCCCAGACCUCACCUUUGGUAAAUUUUAAUCAUUCAAACAGCCUUAAUAUGCAAACUGCCAUGCCAUCAAUAUUUGAUCCCCUCCCUGUUACAAAUAUGCCUCCAGCUGCACCAGACCACCUCCCAAAAAAGGAAGAUAAACCAAAUGCUUCAUCUCUACCUCAGUCUCAUGUCAACAAACCCAUGAACGACAGUUUGAUGAAUCACAUUGUGAAAGCAGAAAAGAAAAUAUCCCCAGAACCUACAAAAUCUCCUGUAUCUAACUUUGCUUCUGCUUUUAAGACUACAAGUUUGAAAAAUUCAAGUUCAUGGUCAUCUCUUGCCCAAGCUUCAUCACCACAAAACAUUGCUGCGCCUAAAUCAUCAUCCAUCAAAACUACAGUGAAGGAAAGUUUCCAGGCCUUCAAGAAACAAGCAAAAGAAAAGAAAGAUAGGGAACAAGCUUUCAAAGAACAAGAAGAACUUCGUCGCCAUAAAAAGGAACAAGCCGAGAAAGAGAGGAUGAGGCAAGAAAAUGAGAAAAGGAAAGAACAUGAUGACGAUUCACUAGAAAAGUCAAGAAAAACCAGUGAUAACCAAGUUUCUCGACAAGAAGAGAUGAAACCUAUUGAUGACACUGAGGGUGCAAAUCACCAGUCUGUGGACAAAGCGGCUGCUGAAAGGGAGAGACAAAGAUUAAGGGAACAGGAACGGCGCCGCCGAGAAGCAAUGGCUAGGCAGAUUGACAUGAACAUGCAAAGUGAGCUAAUGGCUGCAUUUGAGGAGUCAUUAUAAUGACAUGAAUUUAUUAUUAUUACUCUAUGUAAUUAUUGGAAAUGUGUCAAGGACAGUUCCAUGUUUCUACAAGUAAUUGACAAAUAAGAAAUCCUUGCAGGUUUUAAAUAAAAUUUCUAAAUUAACUGAACAAGAAGAUAUUAUUAAAAUGAAUAUGUUUUAUAGCUCUGUUCAUUUGUAUAAGUGAUAUAAAGUGAACUUAUGUGUGUGAUCAUGUAGAUACUAUUAUUUAAGAGUGUCGUAUACUUAAUAUUGAUGUUAUGUGGUUAGACCGUCAAAAAUAUCUUCAGAGUUUGUAAAUAAGGUGGUAACAUGAUUAUGGUUAUGAUAAUUUAUUGAUUGGCGUUUCCCCAGUCUUAUGUGUGAAAUAUGUAUAUUGUUAUUUUCUUAUUUCCCCACCAGAUCAUUAAUUUUUAAAAAUCAUUGAUAGUAAUAAACUGCUUUGAUUUAUUGUUACUUGCCUAAGUCACAACAUUUAUUCUGCUGACAUGGUUGAAUUUGAUCGUGCUUGGGAAAGAAGUAAAAAAUAUAUAUAUACAAACGGGAAAAAAAAGAAGAAACUGACAGCUGCACUUCUUCAGCUGUAUGAAACUUUUAGAAACUGUGCAUUCUCCAGUAAACUUGCAGAAAUGAUGACAAAAUAUUAAUUUAUUUUGAAUUGCUGGUACGAAAUUGCGUAUAUAAAUUCUUUCGCAUAACUUUUAGAGUUGUGAGUAGUGUCUUACCUGUAAUAACUUAUUUACUUCUUAACACUUGCUUACUCUAUUAUUUAAGGGCAGUGUAAUUGCCUCAAGGUAAUUCUUACAUUUCUUCAGAGAUGACUAUUUUUUAAACUUUCAGCUGAUGUAAGAUGUUUGUUUUUUGACUGGUGUAACAUGUAAGCAACUACAUGUGGUCAUGUGAUUGGCCAUAGUUGGACAUCCUUUCUUGCAACUCCUUUGUAAAUACUUGAGAUUAACUUGUAUGAAUGUUGAGUAAAGUGUCUAUUGUAUAAUUAUUUCCAUUGAUAGAAAUUAGAAGGUGAUUUAUUUUGCAUUUCUUCCUUGAUUUGCAUACUGUUUUUUGUAUAUAAGGGCUAUGUAGUAGACUAUUAUUGUACAUCAUUCAUUUCAGAGAGUUUGAGUAUUCGAGGAAAACACAAAUAUUUUAUAGUUGCCAGUUUUACAUCUAAGAAGGUUAUCUUCUUUGAAUCUUGCACAACAGACUAUUUUAAAUUUUUAAUUUACGUGCAUGCUCUACUAUUUGAUUUGCCGCCAUGUAUGAAGCAAUAUUUCAUCCAGAAGGACAGAAUAAACUGUAAGAUGUGUAUCAUUUAUAUAUUCUCAGUAUGUUUGUCAUGCUAUUUGUAAAAUAAAAACUACACUUAUUAAUCUGGCCUGUAUUUCAUAUUGAAAUUAAUGGCAAGAUAUUGUGUUUUAGCUGCAGGAAUUGGUAUGAAAAUUGAAGUUGUAAAUUUUGAUGUUGCUUAGCUAACUAUUAGCGAGUUACAAUCAAAACAUAAACAACCAAAAUAUAGAUAUUAGAAUGAAAUGUGGAGUUUGAUCUAUUGAGAUACAUAAGAUGAUAAACUUCCAAGCAGCAUUGUCGGUUUGUAAAGAUGUGUGUUGUUUUUGUCUGCAAUUUUCCUUCUAAUACCCAUAUUCAGUACCAGUCAGGAAAAGUGUUUUAUUAAAGAUCAGAAGUUUUCUUUCGUGGGAGAUCAGUAAUUUAAUGAUCUCUUAAUCAGCCUCAUAACCUGCCCAACAGCUUAAAAGAGUGAAAUAAAUUACAAUUGUAAAAAUUCAUGUUCAGUUUAUUGCUUCCAGUAUGGCAGUUUGUGCUAUUUCUUUGCUUAAUUUGAUGUUAGAAUAUUCAUUGUACUUCUCGAAACAGCAUUUUCAGAAGAACCUUUCUAACUCUUACCAGCAUUGAAAUCAGUCAAAACAAUUUGCCAUUAAUGGAGAAUAAGGCAUAAAACUUGACCUCAUAUUCCAUGGAUGUAGAAUUUAAUUAUUUACAUUGGUAUCUUAUUCUUCCAUUUUCAUUUCAGAUAGUGUUAUUUAUUCUGGCACAGGGGAUACAGUAUUUUAUUGUAAAUAUACUUGAUAGAUAAUUAAAACAGUAGAAGAAAGAUUUUUUUCUAAAGAAGCUUGGUUGUAUGUUGGUUAUAUAUGUUUAUAUAUAAAUGAUAACUGUACUUACGUCAGUAUUUGUGUGUUAGUGACUCUUGUAGCAUAUGAAUCCUCUGUUCUGUUUUCGUUCUUUAGUACCCUGUUUGAGUUCACUGAAAAUGGUUGUAAAUAGACCCACUACAUGUUCACAUAUGUGAGCUAUAGCAACUACUUGCGUUCUGACUGUUCAUGACUUCACUUUCCAUUCAGUCUUGUUAAACUGUCUGUAUUUUGGCCCCUUCUAAUGACAAAGUUGAAAGUACGUCAAGUUGACAUUCUUUUAUUUUUUCUGUGUAAAACCAAUACUGUCAGCAGUAGAGCCAUAUGUGAGAUUAUGCAUAACACUUUUUCAGUCAUUCUUCCAAUAUCAACAAUGAUAAGGGAAGAUGUAUAUCUUAUGUAACUGCUGCUGACAUGUGGCAUUACAUUUAAAAGCAAUCUUCAGCAAGCCUUUAGAGAAUGUCAGCUAGUAAAUAAGUUCCCACAGGUAAUAAUGUGUGACAAUUAGUACUUGUAUUGCUGAUUCUUUAGUAGGCAGUUUGUAGUUUUAUUGUAGACAUUGCAUCAUGCAAUAAGUGUAGUAUAUAAGAGAAUGAUAAACCCAAAUUUUUAUGUUCAUUCCUUAAUUGCUAUUGUGGGAUGAUGAUUUGAGAGUUUCUGUUCUGUGAUGUGAGCAGGUACUUCACCUCAUUAUGCUAGAAACCCUCACCACCCCCCUCCCCCCCAAUCCGUUUCUCCCCCAGUCCCUACAUUAACUGUCUUCUUUCCACUCUUAACAGAAAUGCAUGCUUUUCUCCACAAUUCAUUAUCCUGGAAUUUAUUGGUGUGUGAUUGAUCAUGUUCAUAUAUUUUGCAAAUUAAGAGUACACUGAUACAGUGUACUGAAUGGAAAAUUCACUUGAGAAAAUUUUACAGUUAUGAGAUAGAAGUGCUGACUAGUACUCACCUUCAGGGGAUGCAAUAUUUAUAACUGCCAGUAAUCACACACAAAAGUACACAACACUAUCCUAACUUUUAAUUGAGGAAGGGGAGGUAACUUAUAUUCACCCUGGGGUCUGAAUAACCUGCCUUGCCAUUUUAACCUUACACAACUUAUUCUGUUCUCCUCCCAACAAAGAAACAAAUAGUUCUGAAAGCCAGAACAGUGUCUCGACGUUAAUGUGUGUAUGUCUGCAAUGCUAAAUAUUUCACCUUGUGAAUAAUUUAUGUGGUUCCCUUUGUACUUUCUUGCCGUGGUUUUAUGGAUCAUAAUCAUGUUUUCAUAGACAUGCUGUAGGUUAUAAAAACCAUUACUGGAUCAGCAAACAAUCUUCUAGUACUUUCUUGUUGAGAGGACAAGAAAAGAAAAUACUCGGUCAGUCUCCUUAAUUUUUGUAUUAUUGAGUGUUUUAGUUUACUUACAUAAGGAAAAGUCACAGUGAAAUGAAACUGUAACAGAUAUGAAAAUAGUGUAGAUUGUUAUCCAGACAUGAAUAGAUUUCCUCAUUUUUAUUAACAUAUCAUUCAUUCCUGAAGUAUUCUCCCAGUCUUACACCUAUUUUCACAUAACAUUAUAAAUGAGGUUUCCUGCCUUAAAAAGGCUAAUCUUCCUGGCCUCAGGUGAAGAGUUGCUCACAUUGCAUUUUAGCUGUUGGCAGUUAAAACAAGAAUACCUGUUUUAAGAUCAAGGUGAAUUGUAUGGUAGGCAAGUUGUCCAUUUUUUCUCAUCAAGUUAUAACAGUAGUGGAAAUAAUAUUUUCUGUUCGAAGAUUCAAAAUGUAAUGCCAUUAUGUAGCUCUGAUCAUAGCUCGCAGAUCCCCCAUUUAUUACCAGAAUUCAUAAAUUAGGCAGUAAAAAAUGUUAAUGUAUGAUAUUUUUGUACCAGAGCACUGUUAAGGCUUCUGUUUUCCAGUGAUGGCCUAGUACCCCAUACCUGUCUUCAUAUAAUUGCCCUUAGUAACUGCUCUAAGUUAAACAUGUACCUGUUGUGGCAUGUAUAAUACAAACUUUACUUAAGAAGAAACCUCUGUUUCUUGUACAUGUUGAAAUAAAUCAUAAUUCCUUGUUGUAAUAUGUCCAGGUUUCUGGAGGCAUUUUCUAAAAAUAAAGCUAAAAAAAUCCAUAGA